AUGCGCCUAAGUUUUUUGUCGUCUACGACGGGGUCUAAGGGACUGGUCUCGUCAGAACCGGGGCUUACUAAUUUUUCAGAGUUUCUCCGGAUCGGACCGGUUUUCGAGGUAAAUGUCUUGACUCGAAACGGUUCGUUGGAUCCGGGACUCGGGGCUAGGUUCGAGGUGUCUGAACCGGAACCGGAAGCGGAACUGGCCGGUUCCGGACAGGGCUGUGGGAUGAGGACAGCCGGUUCGUCUACAUUUGGUGGACCCGGUUCAUGGUGCUCCCAUGGAAGUGAACCGGGCUCGAAAGUGAGAAACGGGUUGCUGAAGAAGGAGUCGCCGGGAAAAGGCACCGGAAAAGUGGACAACAUGGCCGGAAAAAGGGGGAGUGGAGAGUUGGGGAAAAGGGAAGAAGUGAAGGAUAGGAGAGCGGUAUUUAAGGGCAAAACUAGGGGCAGCUUCGUGUGGCCCACGCGAGGGCAUUUAAGUCAUUUUGCGUCGUUGAGCGGGCAGCUUUUGAGUCAGCGGGCACUAGUGGUGGUGGUGGGGCAGCGGUUGGCUUUUGAGUUUGGUGCCUAUUGCUCACGUCAGCUUGCGGAGCCCAGUCAAGCUUAG